UUCUAGUCACUCCGAUGAUAUGGAUACCGAAUCAAUUGGUUGGAGCACCUGUAACAACAGACGUCCUACUACAGUGCAAUCUAGAAUCUCAUCCCCGGUCUGUAACGUACUGGAUGAAAGAAGGUGGAAUUAUGGUUCUUACGAACAUCAAGUAUAAAAUUGAAGUUCAACCCACAGUGUUGUAUAAGGUGCAACUAAAGCUGUACAUCAGGAAUCUGCAACCGGAAGACUUCGGAUCCUAUACAUGUGUUGCUAAGAAUUCAUUAGGAGAAACAGAGGGUACCAUUAGACUGUAUGAAAUUCCUCCGCCAUCGUCAAUCGUGAAUUCGCAAGGCGUCGACAUAUAUCACUCGAAGUCGGAAAAAUUGCGGAACGGUCACCAACAGAAUUCUUACAAGAAACAUGAAGAGAAAGAUUAUUCUCCUCAAGAUUCAGCAGAAAAUCCAAAUUUUGAACCCAAAGAAGAGUUUUCUCAGAUAUUAAAAACCAAAGGAGAAAGUAGCUUAACAGGAGACACCACGAGAUCUCCAGCCCAGUGUCUGUCCAGUCUGUUUUGCCUGUUGGUGAUCUACUUCCAUCACAUUUUUGUACUUUACAUAUCGUGAUUCCUCCAUUACAAGAAGCAUAUGAUAAGACAAAAUCCAUGCGAAAGGGUGGACGUCGCAUAAACUCGAAGCGAAUCUGUUCCUUAUGUCAUUUUCGUAGAUGUACUAAAUAAAGGCUGCAUUGGAUCAAAUCUGGAAAAGCGGUGAUGCAAAUCUCAUCCGUCAUCUAAUGUACUCCAUGUAUACAUUAUUUCAAAAUAUAAAAUAAUAACCAUUUUUGGAGAAAGUUAAAAUUUUGCCCUGUUUUAUUAUGACAGGGUGCAAAAAUAUUCCGUAAUGUAAGUAAAUAAAAAAUGUAAGGAAUAUAAAUAUGUAAUGCUAUAAAAGCCUAAAACAGACGUUUAGGCUCAUCAGAGUAAUCUGCUAAUUUAAAAUAUCUUGAAUUACUAACCGUUCCAUUGAUUAAAAUGGAGGAUUUAUUUUUCAUAUUCAUGCUCAUAGUUAUUAAAGUAACAAAAUUGCUAAAAGGUGAAGUAUUGUUAAUGAGAAAGCAGUUUAUAUUUCCUUAAAAUGACAGUUACUGAAUUAUUUUACUGCCGUAAUAUAAUUUGCAAAUAGAAAUAUUUUGCAGCUUUUGAAAGAAGUACUUUUUAUUUUCCUUGUGUAAAAGUUAAGCUUUCAAAACUAAAACUUUCAAAUAAAAACACGGAUGGUACUGGCUAAGUUGUAAUUUUUAAGGCUGUUUCUUAAACAUCAUGAAGCGACCUUACCAUUUAAUAUAAAUUAUGACUUAUGUUACAUAUCAUCUUCACAAAUUAUGAUGUUUUCCACCGCUUUCCACACAAUACACUAUACAAAAGCUUAAUCAAGACUAUUAAUAAUGUAACAAAGCAAAAGUAGCAAAAACGAAAGUUUGUGUUAAACACCAUAUUGCCCUGCAGCUUUUUAUACGAACAACCAUACGAUAUGGAUACGGAUUAUGAAGUUGCUUAUGUGGCCCCAGAAGGACCUUUAUAAGCUAGGUAAAAAAGUUAAGCUUCUGGGAGCACAUGACUUUUACGAGCUAGCAGAUGAAACUGCAAGAGCGAUCAAGUAAGCGAGGUAAAAGUGGAGAGAACAUUGUCAUCCUGUUCUGCAUGUGCGCCUGUCUAAUGAAAAGCAAAGGGCGACAAAAGUCACGCUGAGCAAGAAAACAAGUAAAUUUUUUGCAGUCAAAGCUAGGUUAAGAAGUAAUCAUCUCUAAGCAUUUGACUAGCGCAUGUUUUUAUCAAAUUAUCUUCUGGAAUGAUUUGGUAGCAAAGAACUUUUGAAAAAUGUAAAGCCUCACAGCUAAGUCUAGAUCUAAAGGAACAUCUUUUAAGUUUAAUAAUAUGGUCCCCUAUAGCGUCGAUGCUCAAGCAGUGAUAGAUCAGUUUGUUUCUAAUCAGGUAAUAAGCAUUUACAAUUCUAAUAUUAUUCUGUAAUACCUGAAGUUUGUAGAAGUCUGCCUUUGAGGCUCACGCCCAAGCUGCAGAUGCGUAACAUAGAAUUAGCCUUAUAAUGCAUAGAUAUACCUGUGUCGUUUUGUUGAGAGACAGUCCAUAAUAACUUUCUGGGCGUAGAGAAAGUUGGUUGACGAUACCAGAGAUUUUUUGUUCUAUGAUGUGCUUAAUAUGACAAGUCCAUCUGAGCUUUGAUCAAUAAUAAUCCCUAUAUAAUUUAUAUCAUUUACACGGUUCACAAAUUUUCUGAAUAAGCGAAGGAUGUUCAAUAUAGUUUUUAAAAUCUGGCGCCUCAUUUACAACAGACGCUCAGACUUUAACACUUAUUCUCCAUUUUCUGCACCAAUCCUCAAUAUAUGAAACAAAAUCUUUGAGUUUGGAAGUAACAUUAUCAUUUUGGAUAGAGAAGAACCCCGCGGUAGCUUGAGAUAACUUUAUAAUGCAUUGUUUUCCAUUGCUAAGAAAUGAAUAUAGCUAAACGUGUGAUGUAUCACAUGUGUAUCUAACAUUAGGUGGGAUGUAUCACAGGAUUUACUUUCCGCUCAUCAAUUUUACCCUCAGCCACCCUACUAAGUCGUAAAAAGGCUUUUGUUCCCAUUCUAUGGCUCAGGAAACUCAAACAGUUCAUUUUAAUAAGCAGCAGCUCAGUGCUGAAUCUUCCCAUGCUGCCGUGAAAUACUUGUUAGCAAAGCAUAUUCUAGAAAUGUUGCAAAAGUAAUUAAUUGGUCAAUACUAGAAACUACAGACUGUUGCGGAAUAUCAGCAAAACAUUAAAUUGCUUCACGCGUCGAUGCAGAUUUUUUUGCCGCUUCAGAAGAACAAAGUUCGCCUUAUUCCCCAACAAACAUUGAAUAAAUGAACUCAGUUAGAAAUAAUAUUACCUAGGGUUAAAAAAAAAUAUUUAUGUGUCUAACCAGAAAUCCGUCACAGUUUAUUGAAAGUAAACAGAAAUAAAGGGAUGUGUUCGAGAGUUAAUAAUUUUAAUUUCUUAUUUCGUUGAUUACAUCUAAGUAAAUCAUUAAUUUAUUAGCAGUCAUUCUAUCUUGCUUUUUCAUUUUGUUUAUUAUAUUAUUUCAUACAUUUUAUUUUAAUCAAUAAUUCCGCCAGAAAACAUAAUGUUAUUUAUUAAACAUUUAUCAGCUGAGUUUAAAAUCUAUUCAAGUUCUCCUUUUAUAAGGCAAAAAACAAAUAAAUACGACCAAAAAAUACUCAUAAAAUUAAAUAAAGCCCUUUUGUAGUAACCGUUUCAGAAUUAGCUUUAAAAUAAAGAACAAAAUGGGGUCUCAUUUUAAGGAGAAAAUACUAAUUUUUAUUUUCGAUUUUUAAAAAUUAUAAUGAAUUUAUCAAACUCCAUUUGUACUUAAAUGGAUCUAUCAUUCCUGCCAUAAAAAAAUUAUUAUUAAAUCUUGAGUAUAGAACUAAUUAUUUUUUAAGUGUUGACUUAACGUAAAAUAACUUUAAUAUCUAAGAAGACAUAAUUGAAAACAAAACUUUUAGUAACUUGGCAAUGUAAUCUGAUUUCUUAUUGACAUAUAUUUGAUAAACGAUUUUAAAAAUAUUUAUGUUUAAAAGUACUUUAUCUCAAUAAUACUUUACUUUUACUUUAUCUUAAUAAUACUUUAAAUUUACUUUAUCUUAAUAAUACUUAGAUAUGCAGAUGAGAAAUUAAAGAAAUAAAAAUACAGAUCGAAUUCUUUGAAAAAACAUUCAUACACUUAAUAAAAUCAUUUUAUUAACUUUUGACCAUAGUGCAUUUCUAAAAUUUACAAUUACAGCUUUAAGUAAAACUAAUUAAGACACGCCAUUCAUUAUAUGAUUUGUAGUUAUAUGAUAGAAAAUAUGUGUGCGUUCAUCCAUGUGCAAGCAAAUGUUUAUAAGAGAAUGAAGAAUAAGUUUCGACCUUUUAGUAAAAAGUUGCUUUACUUUAAUCCAAAGUUACUGCAAAGAAAUCAUCUAAUUUCCUAAAAACGUAGGAGCUUGUUAGCAGUUAUCAAUUUCAUGUGCUUACUCUUCGGUAACUUUCUGAAAAAAGAAAUGUGAAUUCCUCUUAUUCAAUCAAAACUUUAUUUCUCUUUCUUGAGCUGCACAUCAUUUUUGGCAGCUUUCAGUUUAAUCCGUUUAGCGGUUUCAAACUGGCAACCUACAAAUACAUCGCAUGUAAGUUAACUAGCAUUAUUAUAAUAAGAGUUUAAGGAAAAGGUUUAAGAUUUUAAUGAUUUUGAGUGCAAUUUUGCAUUACUUUAAUGACCAUUAAAACUAAACGUGAGUAUCGCGUCUAAAAUUCUGUACACAGUGCUAAUUAAGUUACACUGUGAAAUAAUUUUUUUUUCAGAGAUUUGAAGAUGGAAAUUGAUUAAUAUGUUUUUCGCGUCUGCUUAAUGAUAAAUACCUUGAGUUACGAAUUUUUGCAAUAUUGCCAAUAGUUUUUUCAGAAACAAAAUUUUUUGCGAAUACUUCCCC